GUGCCUGCACUUGCUCCGCCGUCGCCCCCAUUUGAUUUUUCCCAGAUACACCGCCACCGCUUCGCGUCGAGACCUCUCCUCCCGUCCCUCUCUUCCACAAGGCCUCCGCUUUCCCCGGCCGCCGCCGCGUUAUGGCGGCUCCCGUAUUACUCGAGAGCUCAUUCGUCCAUGAUUUGGGAGCGGCAGCUGUGGCAACCGCUGUUUUCCUCCUCGUCCUCCAGUUCUGGGAGGUGCUGGCUAAAAGAGGCGUCUUUGAACAGAAACUGGGCAGGAAGCUUGUCCAUAUAAGUGCAGGAUUGGUUUUCAUGCUCUGCUGGCCUCUUUUCAGCUCAGGAACUCAGGCACCAUUUCUUGCAGCAUUCGCUCCAGGAAUUAACAUUUUCAGGAUGCUUCUUUUGGGUCAUGGAAUAUCCAAAAAUGAAGCUACAGUCAAGUCAAUGAGCAGAUAUGGAGACCACAGGGAACUUCUGAAGGGUCCACUGUACUACGCCUGCACUAUAACAUUCUCUACCGCAAUAUUCUGGAGGACAUCUCCCAUUGCAGUAGCUGCAAUCUGCAACUUGUGUGCUGGAGAUGGUGUGGCCGAUAUCGUAGGAAGGCGACUCGGAAAGGCUAAACUUCCUCACAACCCUAACAAAUCCUUUGCGGGUAGCAUUGCAAAUUUCUUGGCAGGCUUUGUAGCCUCAGUCGGAUACAUGCACUACUUCCACACCUUUGGGUUUAUCGAAGAGAGCUGGAGAAUGGUCAUGGGCUUCUUGGUUGCGUCUCUUGCUGCUGCAUUUGUUGAAUCCCUGCCAAUUAGCACAGAGUUGGAUGAUAAUUUAACAGUCACAGUGGCAUCCAUGUUAGUUGGUGGCCUUGUUUUCUGAUGUUGCAUUGGAUAUUAAUAUUGGGGCGUGCUUAGAUCCAAUCUGAUGUUGUAUUGGAUAUUAGUAUGGUUUUUUCUUGUUCAAACUAUUCCGAUCAUCUUGAAGUCUUGCAUUUCAAUUAAUAUAUAUAUAUUGCUUCUUGUUCCGUGGAUUAUAUAUUUGGAUUCUGUAAAAAAAUA